UCUAUGAGCAUGUUGAUAUACUGUGAUUCUAUUGAGUAUUUCUGUAUUUUUGGGUAAUAUGUUUGUAUAUUGUGACUAUUAAUGCUUAGUUCAUCUGACAUAACAGGAAGGAAGAGUUAGUUGCAUGAUCUCUUCAUGUGAAGUUGUUAACAUCUGCCAAUCAGGAAACUCAAGAAAGCUCAAAAAGCAGUAAGGGAAAUGAUAAACUGAGCAGCUUUCUAACUUGAAGCAUUUGUUAUUUAAAACAAAGCUAACUGGCAGAGGAAAACACUUAGAGAUUUCUGUAUGUGAAUACAACUACAAGUGUCCUCAUUACUGCAAACCAAGAUCAAACAAGAUAAAUGAGGAGAGUUUUUCAAGAGAAGAGAAGGAAAUAUGUUUGAUACUCCUGGACUCAUUUGUAUGAUUUGGUGGUAUAUGAUGCUAUUUCAUCCUUUGCAUGCUGAUAUUCAGUGUAUGGACUCAGACAAACAGGAAUCACUGAUUACAAAUGUGAAUAUGGACUGGAGAAAAAUGGAACUGUCCUGGGAGAGCAGCAGGAAUUUCUCUGAGUAUACAUGUACCAUCAUGGACAGGGAUGUGGAAUACACAGACAUAGAGGUGGAUAGUCCACUGUGCAGCUUUCCAGAGGAAAUACACAUGCCUCUGCACAAAGGGGUAUUCUUUAUCAUUGAAGUGCCAAACACAAACAUCUCAAAACAUUGCACCUUUCUCCCUGGAGGCUUGAAUGGGUCAGCCAUUGAAAACUUCUCCUGUGUGAUUUAUAACAUUUUCCUCAUGAACUGCACUUGGCAGGCAGGAAGGGAAGCUCCAGCAGACACACAGUAUUUUCUCUACUGGCAGAAGUCAAGAGAUGAAGAGGAGAUGGAGUGUGAACUUUACAUUAAAGAUGAAAAUUGCAGAAAUGUGGGAUGUAUCUUCCAAAACGUGAGCAUAGGGAGUGAAAAAGCUUAUUUCCUGGUGAAUGGGUCUAGCAAAGACUCCCUGAUUCAGUUCUAUGAUGAGUACCUUGACCUGUAUAAAAUUGAAAUACUCACUGCUCCAUUAAAUGUCACUGCCCAUUGUACCAAAGGUUCAGCAGGUUGCAUAAUUACGUGGCAUCCACCCCUUACAAGUCAUGUGGAAGAAGCAAAGUGUUUUCAGUAUGAAAUCAGCAUACAAAAUAAGGAUGAACCCAAAGAAGAGAAAAAGCUUCCUCGUGUAAGGAAUGACAGAUAUGAAUUCCAAAAUUACAAUGAGAAAAAAAGAUACAGUCUGAAAAUCAGAGCACGUGGAAAACACUGUCUUGUAAGCUCAAAUUGGGGGGAAUGGAGUGAACCCAUUGAGUUUGGUCAAGGGAAAGAUUACUUUAUUUUUGUGAUUUUAUUUCUGAUUGCACUGGGAACAAUCUCAAUUACACUUCUUCUGUAUUGUCUUUUCAAAAGGUACUGCAGUUUCAAGAACAUAUUUCCUCCCAUACCACAGCCAAGAGACAAAUUCAAUGCAUUAACUGAUGAUGUUAUCCAGACAGAAUAUGUAAAUUUACCAACAAAAAGUCAUACUGAGGAAGUAACUACAGUGGAAGGAUGAUCCAACUUUCCAAAAACACACCUGACUCCCCAACAUGAAAGAAAAUUAUGGAUCCUGCUGACAAGUACUUCAAACCAACCUAUAAAAUAUAAUCACCUGUAAAACUGUUUGUCCCCUUAAAUCCACUUAAAAUGGAGCUGAAAAAAAUAGGAUAAAAAUCAGUGAAAUUUGUUCUUUUCCCUUUGUUCAAACCUGCAAUGCCUGGUAACAAAGCUUUUCUGCAAGGACCUGCUUUGAAGAAGUGCUUAAACCUUUCUAAGAGGUUCUUCACAAUGUGAAACAAACCCUCUUAUCCAGAAUAAAGCUGUUGUCUCUGGUCAUCAUUGCUAUGAAGCUUCUUUCCUCUCGUUAAUAGUGAUUUCCUGUACGCUGACAGGCUUGCUGCAUAAUGCCACAGCAAUUUUACUGUAAUUUUUAUAUGCAGUUAUUUUCUAGAGCACAAACCAGCUUCUUAGGAUUUAAAUUUUCUCUUUGCUCUUCCAACCAGUACACCAAACUAUCCCAAUAAAUGCAAUUAACCUUAUGCGAGACAAAAGUGAAAAAUAAAAUCAUACUUGUUAAUUGUUAACUAUCAAUACUGGUCUGUCAGUCAGCCAUCUCAUGAGCUCAGUACUGCCACUGUAAAUAGACCUCUGCAACACUGUGAUCCUGUACAGUUUUAGUGUGUACUUAAUUCACACAAAUAGCAUCUAAAGUCUUCAAAACAAUAUAACAGUUGUGAGAAAUUAAAUAAAAUCUAGCAUUUAAUAGCUAGAUUUUAAAUGUACAAUUUCCUCACAAAUGACUUUUUAGUUUCUCCCUUUCUCCCUUCAAAGGGUGCAAAUGUUAUUUCCAAUGCCUUUAAAAAUAAUAUAGGCUUUAGAUGCCAGUAUUUUCUUUUAAAAAUGCUGGAUGUUUUCCUGUUCAUAAUUUUCAAAAUUAAUGAAUUUCAGAGUGUUUCAAUAAGACAAAGAACAAAUGCAUUUUUUUUUAAAAGUCUUAUUUAUUGUUUGCCUCUUACAUCCCUAAACUGCAUCACACAUUGGAAAUUGCUGCUGCAUGACUAAGGGAAGCCAUAUAUUAAAAAAAAAUAAUCUGAACACCACAAAUUAGUUCAUAUGGAAUGUACAGCUUAGGGAAAUUGCAGUUCCACUUAAACACCUACACUUGCAUUUGUUUCUUGUCCCAUUUCUUUUGGUUAAACCUUGUUCAGAAGGGGAGACUGGGUGUAAAAGUCCUGUCCCUGUCAAGUUGCUGAAUUAACUACCACAUUUGGUUUCCCUCACAAAGCUUGGGCCACCGUACACUCACAGGGAGGUAUCCCAUCAUUAUCUCUACCCUCGCAAGGCACUGAUACAGAAAGAAACCUGAUUAAUAUGUUUAUAUAGACAAAAUGUCUUCCCCUGCUCCCCAGCAAAUUGAUUGGCAGGGUUAACACCAAAUGACCUGCCUGCACCACAGGGAGCUGCCACUGCCACACAGGAUUUAAGAACCACUUGCAGUAGGAACAUGAAGUUUACCACUAGCAUGUGUACAAAGCAGCUGUGUAAUGUCCUUACAUUCACAUACAGAUGCUGAAAGUGGUGCUUGUGCAACAGUGAAAGGAAAAAGGAAAAGUACGCUCGAGAGGAAGGUAAUAACCAGCCAAAGCCAAGCAAUGUAAUUUAAAUAUUUCAUCUUGAAUCGCAAUCUCAGAAGGCACACAGAAGAACUCAAGACAGCUCAGUCAGCCUUCAAUGAGUCAUACAAUGAUAGUUUUCAUUUCUCAAGAUAUAGGGGGAGUUCUUAAAACAUUAUGAUUAACACCUUGUUUUCCUCUACUGGUCCCUCUACUGUGUCUUUGCAGAUUACAAAAUACAAAAGAUUAUAUACAUAUGAAGAACAGCACAUGGGUAUUACAUUAUCUCAAAGAGCAGUUAUGAGAAAUUACUCGAUCUAGUCUUCUGACCAUCUCUAAACAUCAGUCAGUUAAUACUGAAGGCUGACCUACUUUGAUCAAUUAUUUUACAGCUACACAGAAGCACACACAUUCCCUCCCCACACCCCUUCAACUUCACCUAUUAGACUGCAACUCAUUUCAGAUUAAAUUCAACCUUCCACUGCUACAGAUGAGGCCAAACCGUACCUUGAAUGGCACAAUCAACACCUCCAACCAGCAGUAACAAUACAAUACAUAGGUCACUCAGAAGUUGAAGGCAUUUACUGGGUUACUGGGUUUUUGCAUGAAUACCAUGAUGCUUUCCAUAACAGUUUAACAAAAAAAAAAAUUUAGGC